AUGCCGCAACUCGUUGAUAUCACAUAUUCAGAAGAGGUUACAAUCGCCGCUGUGAGGGACUAUUAUGACUAUCUGGCCCGAAUGUACAUGGACGAUACUUGGGUCAAAGAACCACCUGAAGAAGGCUGGCCGGCCAUCACCGUCGACUACAUGCGAGAACUGGGAAAAUCAGACAAAGUAAUCUCUCUGCUCAAACACUUGCCAUAUCUGGCAUGUACCACUCAACACUACGAGGCCCUGGAAGCCGUUCCAUAUUGCGCUUUUGCUGACUGGCCAAUGAUGACGAAAUGGUACCCCUCCGGUCCCAGGUCAAAGUCAGCCAAAGCCCUGACUGAGGGCAUGUCUGAUCACGUACCUCCUCAUGUUGUUGGCCUAGUUGACGAUAGUGAGGAUCGGGCGGUGUUCCUACUCGAUACAGAGCUAGGAAUCGUGCACUGGGUUGACUGUGAGUCUGAAAUUAUAGCCGGAGCUUCGCGAGACGUUAUCGACGAUGACGCAUAUGAUUAUGCAUCAGAGGAAGAGGGCGACUCCUUCCGCGGAAAUGCCGGAAAAUGGGCUAUUGAUGACUUUUUCGAGGUCCUCAAGGGCUUAUACCGGCAGCUUAAGUUCAUUCCUGUGGCCCCAAGGAGGGUAAUUAGCGUGUAUUCACAACCCGAGAAGCCAGAACAAUGGGACAUGCUCCAACGCAUUUAUCGAGAGCAUGGGUGGCCGGAUAUGGAGCGCUAUCGGAAGGAAGAGUGUAUGGAUGCCAUACAGGAGGCAUUGAAGCAGCAUUACCCUGAUGAGCUGUACUAG